AUGUUUCCUUCAAAGCUUGCGAGGCACUUAGUGCUCCGCUUUGGGGACGGCCGCUGGGCCGCUGCAGAGCUGCAUGGUUCCUGCAUGGCGGCAGACGUGGCAGUCCUGCGGCUUUGCGAUGAGGCAGAACUUCAAGCUGUCAGCGCUCCAUUUCGCUUCAGCCGGGAUUUGCCAAGGCAAGGCGAACGAGUGCUGGUGUGUGGCAUGACACAGCAUGGGCAGGAGGCAGUCGGCCUUUCUGGAUUGGUGAGUCAACCGAGGCAGAGAUUUCGGGGCGUCCCGCUCGAGCCCACCGUGCACUUUGUGCAGCUAGCCUUGCCCACGCUGCCCGGCAUGUCAGGAUCUCCUGUUUUGAACAUGAAUGGCGAGGUCUGCGCCAUGGUGGCUAAGAAAUUUGAGGAGCAUGGGCUGGCAAUACCAGCAGAAAGGGUUCGCUGCGUGGUGGAAUGCCUGGAGGCUGGAUACCCCUGGCGCUUGCCAGUUCUUGGAAUGGAGGUGAAGGUUGGAGGGACUUUGACUUCGCCUGCUGUGGUGGUAAAGUCCCUCCAAGCAUCCAGCGCUGCUGCAGUAGCUGGGAUCCAGGUUGGUGAUGAGAUCCUCGCCAUCAACGGCACCCCUGUGGGCUCCUUGCUGGAGAUGCGGGAGGUGCUGCUGCAACUGGGGGACACACGCCAGAAGUCGAGACUGCGACUUCGAGUGAGGCGCUCUGGCUGUAGCCUGGAUUUUCACCUGGAUGCACCCAGAGCUCCUUCUGGGCCUCAGGAUGUCUUUGCCAUUCAGCUUUCUGAGUGA